GGAUACGCUUCUUCUUCUCUGCUAACGUCUUCUAGGGUCUUUUGGAAGCAACCCAUGAUCCAAUCAUCACGUAUUCUCUAAUCCAUGCUAUUGUCUUCAAGCCUUCUCACAGAUCGUGGUGGUGGUCCAUGCACUGUGGGAUUGCUCUUGUUGAAUCUUCUUAUCUCCUCGUCUUGAUUGUGGAGGAUGCUUUGCUCUGUGGGUGAUGGUUCUGAUGGAUCGUUGUCUUCUCUGAGCUACAUCUCCAGACCAUCGAGAUUAAUGUGUGGGAGGGUUUGAAGAGAAGAAAGAAACAUUGUGAAAGUGAAUGGUUUGCGUAUGAAGCUAGAACCAUACAAGGAGAUUGUGUCUGCUGCUUUGUUUGACAUUAUAGCUCAGGAUGCAAGCAAGGUUAUUGGUGGGAUGAGAGGUAUGACUGGAUUGCUAUGAGAAACCUCAUUGCUUGAUCCAUAUGAGGCUAUACACUUUAAGGGGCUUGUCUCGUGUUUGAUGCUAAUAGAUUGGUUAUCUGAUCUAUGUAACCAGGGACAACAAUCUUGCUCAGCAAUUCAGAUAGGCUUCAGAUGCAGAGCUCUACCGACCUGGUUUGCCUUGAAGGUCUUUCCCAAAGAUCGUGGAGGUUCAAGGCCUUGUUGGAGGGAAGGAUGGUUUGCGUAUAACUUCGAGUCUUCACAUACUACCUAUUGUUUUUUUGAUUAACUAAUGGCUAUUGUUGGUGAGAUCGUGGAGGUUCAAGGCCUUUCUGGAGGGAAGGAUGGUUUUCGUAUAACUUCGAGACUUUUCUUUCGUGUGCUCUCAGUCUCAGGUGGUGCAUUAAAUGGCUUCAAGCUUAUUUUCUCAUGCUUGAUGACAUCAUGGACAACUCUGUCACACAGUGUGCUCAGCCUUGCUGGUUCGGACCGCCAAAGGUUUUCGAGGACACGUUUGGAAGACUCGAUUUACAAGAACACCUCACAGCCUCCGUAUCUUUUCCGGCCUGCCUUAGCUAAGAGUAAUCUAUCUAUGGUCCCAUUACUCGGCAAGGUUCCGAGCCAGCCAAGCAAUGGCCAAGGAGACGCCCUUGUUAGCCUUCAAUCAGGUCUUUCCGGUUCUUGGUGUGGGUUUAACGGGAUCUUUGUUUGCCAACUUCUCUCGUCCAAAGCGUGGGUGGGGAUCACAGAGAGGUUAUGCAAUUUUGCUUUUUAAGUUUUGUUUACAAUUACAGUUUAGGGUUAAUUAUUUGUUAACCAUGUUUCUUCUCAUUUUUAUAUUGUGUAGCAGCAGAUCCGAGAUGGUUUUGAAGAAUGGACAAGUGUCAUUACCUUCAACAGACCAACCACAGGAGGAGGUGGUCUUUUAUUUGCGCAUUG